AUGAUGCAAACUUUUAUAUCACAACGAAUUUGCUUUGGUUGUUCAAUUUUCUUAUUCCUCCUGGGAUCAAUAUUUUUAUAUGUACAUAUCUCGCGUUCUCAAAAUAUCCCGAAUUUUUUGCGUAAACUCCCAUAUAAUGUGACAGGUUUGAGAAAUUUUGUUGUUUCACAACAACAAGAGUGCCCAAAAGAAAAUCCGCACGCUAUUGGGCGUUUAAAAAUCGAGACCAAUGUACCUACUUGGGAUUCCUUAAUGGAGAAAUAUACAUCAUCACCCUCUCAACGUAAAAUUAUCCUUUCAAAAGGUGGCAACUAUUCACAACCCAGUUUAAAUCCUGUGGUGAUCCACAAUGAAUCUAUUCAUUCCCGCAAUUACACCGAUUCAUUGGAGAAAUACGUCGGAUUGUGGCGUCCAACUGUCUGUGAUCCAACUGAAAAGCUGGCUGUUAUUGUCCCGUACAGAAAUCGUGAUAUUCAUUUGCGUAUGUUUUUAGAACAUAUGCAUGCUUUUCUACGUAACCAACUGCUUAUGUAUACCAUUUUCAUUAUAAAUCAAGACGGUGAAACUCAUUUCAAUCGCGCCCUCCUUCUGAAUGUUGGGUUUAUCGAGUCGAAGCGGGUUACGAACUUUGACUGCUUCAUAUUUCAUGAUGUGGAUUUAUUGCCUGAAGACGAUCGAAAUUCAUAUCGUUGUGCCAACCAACCGAGACACCUAUCUGUUGCUGUGGACAAGUUUAACUACCGUCUUCCUUAUCUUAAGAUUUUUGGCGGGGCUGUGGCAUUCACCAAGAAACAGUUUGAAAAUGUUGGUGGAUUUUCAAAUAUGUAUUUUGGAUGGGGUGGAGAAGAUGACGAUUUAUACGCUAGAGUAGUUUAUCACAAUUACAGCAUUACGCGUUACCCUGAAGAAAUCGCUCGUUACAGAAUGAUUAGUCAUAAGAAAGACCCAAAUAAUCCGGACAAUCCUGAACGUAACGCACUUCUAAAGGAUGCAUCAAGUCGCUUUAAAACAGAUGAUUCAGCACAUUCCGAUUAUUUGUGCUGUCACAGAAUACUCCGUAUACGAAGAUCACAUCGUCCACCGAAUUCCCCAUAA